GUAUAAAAUCAUCACAGAGAAGCCGUCAGGAACCGUCUCUGGGCAGCAGAAGUUUGAGAACGGGAAGAUUGAGUGGAGCACAGAGAUGCCUGUCUCCUGCAACCUGUCCAAGGGCCUCCAGAGCUUGCUAACCCCAGUCCUAGCCAACAUCUUGGAGGCUGACCAGGAGAAGUGUUGGGGCUUUGACCAGUUCUUUGCUGAGACCAGUGAUAUCCUGCAUCGUACCGUGGUGUUGGUCUUCAGUCUACAGCAGGCUACUCUCCACUACAUCUACAUCCACCAGUACAAUACGGCGACUCUCUUCCAGGAGCUGUUGUCUCGUCGGUGCAGUAUCCCGGUCCACAACCAGGAGCUCCUGUACGAGGGGCGACGCCUACAGCUUGAGCCCAACCGCCAAGCCCAGACCUUCCCACGGACCUCCAGAGACAAUCCCAUCAUGCUGCUCAGCAGAGAGUCCGUAGCUACAGUGGGGCUCAUCUUCGAGGACCCGAGUCCUCCUAAAGUCCAGCCUCGCUACGAUCUGGACCUGGAUGCUAGCUAUGCCAAGACGUUUGCAGGAGACGUGGGCCACCUGUGGAAGACCUCAGACUCCCUGUUGGUUUGUCAGGAGCUGGUCAGGAAGGGAGUCAGGGGACUGAUUGAGUUGAUGAAGGAGGACUACAGCGAGAUGGUACAUAAGAAGUCAGAGGUCAUCCACGUCUGUCACUACUGCGCUCAGAUCCUGGAGAGGACAGAGCAGCUGUACGAGGUGUUACUGCAGGCCAAUAUGUUGUCGUCGUCAGAAUACGAUGAGAUCUCAGACAUGAGGAAGAAAAUAGUCCUUAUCUCUAACUCCUUAGUCCCCAUGGAGCAGACGGUUCAGGACAUCAAGAGUAAGUUCCUGUCAGGUGGUGUUCUGACGGACAGCUGGACUCAAGCUGGAACACACCCUGAAGACAGGAAUGUUGAGAGGAUCAAGGUUCUCCUGGACUCCAUUACAGCCAUCUACCACCAGUUUAAGAAGGACAAGGCUGAGAGACGUCUGCCGUACAACGAGGAACAAAUACACAAAUUUGACAAACAGAAGCUGGUGUUCCAUGCCACCAAGGCCAGGUCUCUGUUUACAGAGGAGUGUGCCAUGAAGUACCGCCUCUUCAUCUCUAAGAGCGAGGAGUGGAUGAGGAAGGUGCAUCACGUGAGGAAGCAGCUGAUUGGUCUAACCAGCCAAUUCAACAGCGUGGAGAAAGAAGUUUCCAUGGUGAUGGAGAGAGUUAUUAAGAUACAGGAGCAGUUACCUGGUAAGGUGCUACCUCUGGCAUCCAGUGGUAUGGUGAAGCCUCAAGCCUACCUCAGCCAGAGCACCUUGGUAGAGAUGACCCUGGGGUGAGUUACUGUUCCUAACCUUUAACCCCUGACCUUACCUCAGCCAGACCACC